AUGAAGGGAGAAGGUGUUCUCGCUGUUCCAGAAGGCGUCAAGAUGGAAGGUGAUUUCGACUGUCUCGAGCUGAUCAAGGCGAUCUACGGUCUCAAGCAAGCCUCGCGUGUUUGA